UAAUACUUUUGUUCUUUUUUCUCUCUGUUCUAAAUCUUGAUUUUGAUAGCGUCAGAGAAAUCCGCCCCCGCAAAUCUCAGAAAGAAAAAGCCAAGAACGAAAACAUUAUGAGUGAUAGUAUUGGCUUCCUGCCUAGAGAUGCUUAUAAGUUCGAAAAGAGUUGUCCAUUUAGGCUUUCUGUGAAACAGGAAUAUUUUAUUAUCAUGGAAAAGCAGCCUAAACCAGUGGCAUGUUCUUCUGUGUCUCAAUCUAAAGGAAAUCUUGUAGAGAGUAGUGACAGAAUCAGCAUUCUUCUAGACCGUAUUGCUCUUCACAUCCUUUCAUUUCUCAUGAUGGAGGAUAUUGCACGAUUGAGCGUAGUGUCAAAGCGGUGGCGAGCAUUAUGCAUAUCUAUUCCAUCCUUGACUUUUGAUGGCAUGAAAUAUGAACACAACCGUCGUAAACACGAUUGCUUUAUGGAUUUUCUUGAUAGGUUCAUCUUUCGACGCAGUGAAAUAAAGAUGCCGCAGUUUUGUGUUCGUUGGAUAUCUGACAAGUGGUAUCUGGAAGGAUAUCGUGUUCUCACAUGGUUGCAUUAUGCAGUUAGGUCUAAUGUGGAAGUGCUUGAUCUCGAACUCAAUAUACGCAGUGCAGGAAUUCUUCAAAUGCCACUUGAUGUUUUUCGUUGUGAAUCCUUGAGGUUUCUAACUGUGGAUUUGCAUGGACGGGUUUUGCAACUACCACCCUCAAAUGGAUUCACGAAGCUUCAAUCGUUAACUCUAAAACGUGUUCGAGUUCUUGACAAGCUUUUUGUGGAACAUGUCUUGUCUUUUUGCGAGUCCCUUAAUAAAUUAUGCCUUGAUAAUGUUACAGGGAUAAGUAACAUCAACAUCAGGUCCUCAUCUCUAAAAUAUCUGGAAAUUAGGAGCUAUGACUAUAAUGACCUCUUCCAUAUUGAUGUCUCGGUGGAGCUACUUGAUGAGUUGAUAGUAGGCUGGAAAUUUACUCCCUCUGGCGACAGAUCACUGAAAAUUGCUGCUCCCCACCUCAAAUAUUUGACAUGGGAUGGAUUUGGGCCAGAUCACUAUGUUUUGGGGAACUUAGAGUGUUUACGUUCUUUUGCAUUAAGUCUUGAAGAGCUUUCUAGCUCCUCGUACUUGGUGGAGUGUUUCAAGAGUGUGAAACGGAUUGAAGAUCUAGUGAUACAUGUGCAGUGUCUUAAGGCAUUACUAAAGGCAGGCAUGCUGCCAAUUCUUUGGGAGUGUUUACAUAGUUUGCGUAUAAACUUUAGCUCUUCAGAUGGUAUGGAUGAUGAUCUAGUCCCAGCAAUAGCCUUACUUCUGCACGGAUUUUCUAAUUUACAGGACUUGCACAUAACAUGUUGGAACGACCCUAAAUGUGAAGCUUAUUUUAGAGAAAAGGCGAGACCAUUGCCCGAGAAGGCAUCUGGAUUUAACACAACAUAUUGGGUAUCCAAAAGGUUGACGAGUAUUCGUCGUUUGAAGAGGGUAAAGAUGGAGCUUAUGAAAGGGCUUCUUUAUGGCAAAAAUUCAUCGGAGCUGCUAAAGUAUAUCUUCAAGCAUGCCAGAAGGUUGGAGCAGAUAGACGUUGUUUGUCCAUCUUCCUGGAAAUCAUAUAUUCUUGCGAAGAUCACUGAAUGUGGGGUGGCUUCAACUGUUAGAGUUUGUGUCGUUUGUAAGUAGACAUUUUAUACGUCCAAUGGUUUUUUUACCAUCAUAUGUGGAGAUUCGAACUUGGGGUAGACGCUUAAAACUUGAUUUUACAUAAGACAUGUUUGAUAAAGUAAUAUUAAAAAGGAAAUAUGAGUCAUAUUUUUAACUAGUAUAGUUUUUCUUUUUCUUUUUUUAUCAAGAAUACAAAGGUAU